AUGUUGCUCUUACGGAAAUUGUGGACCAAGAAACCCAACGAGAUGAGGGACUUAAAGCGACCCCCGUACGGGGCUGUUCCAGUAGACGAAAAUCGCUCAAAUCGAAGGUCAUCAUCGGAAUUUCAAUAUUAUACAACAAUCGAACUUCCGGAGAUCGACGAGCAGAAGCCUCAACCGCAGCCCCUCAGGCUUUCUCAAUUUGACAGAAUUACUCGUCUGCUAUGGGACUUGGUUCUUGCUAUUAUAGCCUCUCUCUUCACAGUAUUUGGUAUAUGGGUUGCUUGUAUCGACGGAAAACCGGCAGGCCCAGAGUCUAUAGGCUCUAAACUAUUUGAGGCCUCUCAAUACGCACCCACUGUAUUCCCCGUCCUUUUCGCUGCCAUUGCCGGUAGCAGCAUCAAAAGCAUUGCAUCAUGGCGCAUUCAGACCACUGGAGGAGCGACUAUCGGGCUAGUAGAGCAAUGUCUCGGCAGCCAGACCAUCACAGGAGCCUUUCUCACCCAGAUCAGACUGCGUGCUGUCAACUUUGUUGCCGUAUUUACCGUCCUGCUGUGGUGCUUGUCCCCGUUGGGCAGUCAGGCUUCUCUCCGAGUAAUUUCCAUCGUCUCGAGUUACCCAGGUAAAACGGUCGAGUUGACCAGUCUCAACACAUUCACCCCGUACCAGUACGGCUAUAACCAAGCGGCAACGGAGGCCAUAACAUCGGUUGCUAAUCCCCUGACUGCUUCCAUUUCCGCGGCCUCGCUACUUGCAACCCGAAACCAAGAUCUGUGGGGCAACAUCCGGUUUCCUGUGAUCGAGAACCUCGAGAAAAACAGUACAGGUUGGAUGAAUGUGCCCAAAAACGACAACUUGACGUACGCGUCUCUCGUCGGCGUGCCGGUGAUUGACUUACCCACCUCCGGCAACACAUCUUUUACUCUCCCAGGCUCGUAUUUAUCCAUCUCCUGUCCCGUCUUCGACACAAUACACACUCUGAACUUCACCAAUUUUACCGGACCAGAUGCCCCAUCUCCCGGGAAUGGCAACGAUUGCAGCUGGACAAGCGCAUGGGGUGGAAAUCAGUUCCUGAUCGCCAUCUCGGAGCCAUGUUCGAACUCACUCAAUGCAUCUAUGAAGAGGACCCGAAACGCCCGCAAGUUGAUAUGGGAAUCAUGGGACCGUGGUUAUGCCGGCCCUGUAAAGCAUCGAUCCCCCAUUACGCGAGCCAUAUGCGACAUUACUACAACAUACGUCGAUGCCAAUGUGACAUGCGAGAGCUUAGAUGAGAAUCAGUCUGCAAACACUUGCAAUCUACGCUCCGCUCGUCGUUCAGUAGAUACAUCCCAUUUCCACAAGAAUUGGACUGUCUUCGAUGUCAAUUCCCCAGGAGAUCUCCAGCUGGCUAAAGGCUAUAACAUCGGUCUCUUCCAGCUCCUCGCUACCUUGUUCCCACACAUGGACGAGAACGGCGGUCUGCAGCCAUUAAUUGGAUAUUUUAUCGACCCCUUUCAUGCUGUCGGGAACUUUUUCGGCGAUAAUCUUAUGUCGCCCCAGACCACAACGACGAAAGUAUUCGAAACGCGUCUGUCGCAGCUCUUCAAUUCUGCGCUCUAUCUUGGAAUCAGCCCAUCGGCAUUCACGGGCUCUGUCAACAUGACGGAGAUCACAAUGAAAGCAAGCACAAUUAAGGAUACCCCGUUCAAAUUGACUGCCGAAAAUACCCAUCUGAAACAUAUUGUCAGGUGUAACCGCCCAUGGCUCGCCGUCCUCAUUGUCUCAUCGGUGGUUAUCUGCUCCUUUGCAUUAGUGGGUGCCUACCUCCAUAUCAUAACGAUCGCUCCCGAUCUCUUAGGAUCUAUCUCCGUUGCCCUAUUGCAAAAUAAGACCGAAGGAAUUGUUGGGUCUUCUACGUGGUCUUCGGAUGAAUGGUCGAAGAAUAUGCGAGACACGAAAAUAUGGCUUGGGGAUGUUCAGCCCGAAGCUGACGUUGGGUGUCUUGCUUUAACCACUGUGCCACAAGAUAUUCCUCCUGGUGCGAUAAAGGGAAGACUGUAUCAUUGA